AACGCUGCGGCUUUCGUGGUGACUGGCUAGCAUAGUAAUAACAUUGCACUUGUGCACAAUUUUAAUAAAUUGUAAAUAAAAACGCCUUUAAUAUGUCCGCCCUGCUGCAAUUGGCCACUAGGACAGUCCGAAGCUCCAUGGUGCAGGUGCGUGGCGUGGCCACCACAACGCCAAGGCCAAUAAAAGAAAUUCAGGAGAAGCAGGAGAACAGUGUAAAGAUCUUCGAGGGCGUUAAUGUGGAAUCGCCGCGUGCUAACCUGAUGCUCAAAUCCGCCUGCCAAACCAAGUUUUGCCCGGAAUGCACUUUGGGUCUGGACAUCAAGCACACGGAUGUGCUUAUCCUGUCGCAAUAUGUCCGUUCCGACGGCUGCAUGUUGCCCAGAAGGAUCACCGGAUUGUGCCACCGACAGCAGAAGAAGAUGGGCACUCUAGUGACCAUGGCCCAGAAGGCAGGACUGAUGCCCAAUCUGGCGCCCGAGUGGAGCAAAAGAGAUCCCAAGAAGCGCUUUGGAUGGCGCAAGUUUAACAAGUACUUCCUGGAGUCCACAAUUAAAUACUAGAGUUAAAUACAAUAAAUGUUGUUAUAGAAAAAAUUA